AUAUCCUGUCGGAAUGAAGGAUCACGUCUGACUGCCUUUUUUAGUUUCGCGCUAACAGUAACAGUGUGUGAAACGAAUCAAAACCAUGGAAUACGAAACGGAAGGUUGUCUUCAUGAGAUUUUUGUGCGCCAGAUGAAAAUAACUCAACAGACCGCAACAGCUGUUGUGUCGGAUGAUGGACGAUCACUGUCCUUCUCAGAGCUGGACCAUCUUACGGAUGUCUUGGCGACAAAUCUCAGACACAAAGGGGUCGAAAGAAAUGGCGCCGUUGGUAUAUUUCUUGAGAGAUCGCUGGAAUACCCUUUGGCCUACCUCGCGAUUUUGAAAGCCGGCGGGGCUUAUCUGCCCUUGGAACUUUCUUAUCCCAAAACUUUGCUUUGUUCGAUUCUGGAGGAUGCGAAACCCGUCGCAGUGAUUACGGACGCAAGUUUAAAACAGAGAUUACCAAGCUCCCUUGAGGUGAUCGUAUUGAACGAGGGCUGGGAAGAGAAACUUCAAGAGGAAAAUUCUUCGAAGCCGCAUCUGAAGGAAGUGGCAAGUACGAUUGAUGAUUUAGCAUACAUUGUUUAUUCUUCAGGAACUACUGGCAAACCUAAAGGGAUAUGUUGCCCUCAUCGUGGUGCAGUGUUCUCUUAUACUUGGAGAUUUCAGAAUUUUCCCUUCGAGUCAGAUGACCGUGUGGCUUGCAAUGUUUUCUUUGUGUGGGAGCUGUUGCGUCCUCUUCUGAAGGGAAUACCCCUUUAUAUCAUUCCUGACUCAAUCAUUUACGAUCCGUAUCUUUUGCUGAAGUUUUUGAAGAAGAAUGGAAUAACAAGAGUCCUCUUCACUCCUUCACUUCUUGAGACGCUUUUAACUUGUGAAGAUGGUGAUCUACCUGGUCAUUUGUCCUCUCUGAGAAUCAUCUGGCUGUGUGGAGAGGUGGUGACAACAGCUCUCCGUGACAGGUGCAUGAGGAUGUUACCGAGGAUAAAGCUGUUGAAUCUGUACAGUGUCUCGGAAUGCCAUGACGUGGCUACUGCAGAUCUGACCAAUAUGCCUUUUCAAAGUGAACUUUCAGAUUCUGAUGAUAACAAAAGGAAGUUUUGCCCUGUUGGAAAACUGUUACCAGGAGUAUAUGUGGCAAUCAUGGACGAGAAUUUAAAACCACUUCCAGUUGGUCUAUCAGGAGAGAUAUUUGUUGGCGGGCCCACACUAGCUCAGGGCUACCUGAACAGACCAGAAUUAAAUGCAUCCAGAUUUGUAGAGCGUCCAGCUGAAGUGCCAGAAGCUGCUGGUCCGCGGCUGUACAGGACUGGUGACUGGGGAUACCUGCUGUCAUCCGGAUUGUUAGAGAUUUGUGGCAGAUGUGAUUCAAUGGUAAAAAUCAGAGGAUACAGUAUUGAAAUACAGGCUGUUGAAGCUGCCCUGUUGCAGCUACCCAUGGUUAAUGCAUGCUCUGUGCUAGCCCACGGAGACGAAGGAGAAGAUAAAUACCUGGCAGCUUAUGUUGUUCCAGAAGGGAAGGCUAACAAGAAAGACAUCAGAGCUGCUCUGAAGACAAGGCUUCCAUUCUACAUGAUACCAUCACAUUUUGUUCUUCUUGCCAGUAUUCCUGUGACACCUGCUGGCAAGCUUGACAAAAACAGACUACCUCCCAUUGGCUCAUCUGGAACUGAAGAGGAAAGUUUGCCCAGCACUCCAACAGAACACGGUCUUGCUAAGCUUUGGUGUGAAUUAUUGAACCUACCCAACAUUGAUGUACAAGAGGGUUUCUUUGAUUUAGGAGGACAUUCGCUUUUAGUGACACAAUUGCUGGUAAAAGUGAAUAACAAGUUUGGUGUCAACCUGACGGUGCAUGACCUGUUCAAUUGCCCCACAGUGGCAGACAUGGCCAAGACGAUUGAUCAGCUGAAGAUCAACAACAUUAGAAAGGAUAAAUCCGAGGGCGAGAUUGACCUUCUGGAGGAAGUUAAUUACCAUUCAGCCGCUGAGGGAUUUAUGAAUAUGGACAUCAUGUUGAGAGCUUUUUGGCGGUCUGGAAACUUCAAGAACUUGCGUCGCUGGAACAGGGGACGUGUUCUUUUGACAGGCGCUACUGGAUUUUUGGGAGUAUUCUUGCUUAGGGAUCUCAUCAGGUUGACGAAGGUUCACAUUUUCUGUGUUGUGCGUGAACAACCUGGUGGUGUGGAUGGGAAGGAAAGGCUGAAGAGAGCUCUGCAGAGCUUCAAGAUAUUGCCGCAAACAAACGACCGUCAGCAAAUGACUGAAGAGGAGCGAUACGUAGACUAUGGCUUUGAGCACAGAGUUAGUUUCGUGAAAGGUGAUGUCUCGCUGAUAAAACUAGGAAUGAGUGAGGAAGAGUAUUUGCACUUGUCAUCAGAGAUUGACUUCAUUAUUCAUGCUGCUGCAGCAGUGAACAUGGUCUAUCCUUAUCAGGCUUUGCGGGGAGCAAAUGUUCAAGGAACCCAAAAUGUCCUUCUCUUUGCUUGUACCAGUAAAAUUAAACCUCUUCAUUAUAUCAGCACGGAUGCUGUUUUUCCGCAUGGAUUGUCCAACUGUUCUGAAGAUGCAGAUAUGAUGCAAUAUGCAUCGCAACUUGAGGAUGGGUACUCUCAAUCCAAAUGGGUCGCAGAACAGCUUGUGUUGAGGGCCAGAACCCAAGGCCUACCUGUAGUCAUAUACAGAUUAGGAAAUCUUGCAGGCGACCAGAAGAACUUUCAGUGGAAUCCACUUGAUUUUACACUGUUAGUUUUCAAAGGAGUUACUGAAACAUUAACUGCGCCCAUUGUUGACUGGCAAGUAGAAAUGAAUCCUGUAGAUUUUGCCAGCGAAAUGAUAGUCAAAAUGACCCAGGAAAUGUCUACGACACUGGGAAAAGUUUAUCAUAUCGUGAAUCCACAGCCCUUGAAUGCAAAAUGGUUGUUCGAGUGGAUGCGUACUUUUGGAUAUCCUUUGGAGAUGGUCUCCUUUCCGGAGUGGCGUAAGGCAAUUGAAACUUACUCCACUGGGAACCCGAAAAGUGGACUUGCUCCUCUGCAGCGCCUUCUCGAUAUCUGGAUGACAGACUCGUCCUUUCUGUCAAACUUAAGCACUUACACUACGACAAAUUUUAAAGGAGUUAUGGAGCGGUUUAAAGUGGGGUUCCCUGUCUUCAAUGGCGAACUUUUGUCAAGUUACUUUUCCUCUUUGGCCGCCCAAUGUGUUCUGCCGAGAAUCAAGAUCAGGUUAAAAGGUCCAAGGCCUCUUCAAGAUAAGGUUGUCAUAGUGACAGGAGCGUCCAGUGGAAUUGGUGAAGCAGUAUCUAGAGCUCUUGCAGAAAAUGGCGCCAAAGUUGCUUUAGCUGCCAGGCGGAAAGAAAGGUUGGACAAAAUCAGAGAUGAUAUUACGGAAUUAGGAGACGUGGCAAUUUCAGUGGAAACCGAUGUGAUCACCAUUGAACAGGUCGUUGACCUAGUGUCGCAUACAAAAGACACACUAGGACCUGUGGACAUCUUAAUAAACUGUGCUGGUCUUGGAUUCUACACCACAAUGAAGAAUUGUAAUCUUGAAGAGUGGGAGAAAAUGGUUGAUGUCAACUGCAAAGGUGUGAUGAACUGCAUCGGUGCUGUUCUUCCAGGAAUGCUGGAAAGAAAGCGGGGGCACAUCGUUAACAUCUCAUCAAACGCCGGCCGAAAGGCUUUUCCUGGAUUAGCAGUGUACGCUGCCACGAAGUUCUUUGUUGAAGCUUUGACUCAGAGCUUGAGGCUGGAGACGGUCGGAAGUGGAGUGAAGGUCACGUCCAUUCAACCAGGUGAUGUAGCCACCGAGUUUGGUUUCCAAAGCUCAGAUGAGGAGGCUCGGGAAAAAUACGAAGUUAGCGACGAUGUAAAAAGACUUGACCCUUGCGAUGUCGCGAAUGCUGUUAUCUAUGCCGUCACACAACCCGCUCACUGCUCUGUAAACGAAAUCCUAGUGGAACCCACAGACGCCCCUUGCUGAAGAAGUCAUCGAUCGCAAAUCACAUUCAGUGUCUAAGGGUCGGGUUAACUUCAAGGGCGCUUACCAUUGGCUAGUAUCGGUCGGCCAGACGAACUCAUUAAUCGGAACUGUCCGGCUAUUUAAUCCUUAUAGUCACAGUUUAGUCAAUGCCAAAUUAUUUUCCAUGUCAAAAUUCACCCUUUCACUUCCAUGAGUGACUAAAAAGUAAUUUCUCCCAACAAUAUUCCCAACGACAAUUUCUGAGAAAAAAAUAUAAGCAUCAUUCUCGGGAUAUAGUUUGAUUCAAGACCAGAUUCACAGAGCUUACAUUAAGAAGAUUUAGGAGAAACAGUUAGGAGAAUUCAAACCUGAAAUAUUGGGCGGGAAAGGGUUUAAACAAUAGAAAUCUGAAGUAGCGCCUCCUCAGUUUUUCGAUUGAUUCGUCUGACCGAAUAAUUCACCGAGACUAAUGAUAAGUGUCCUUUUAAAUCGUUCUGUGUGUAUGUGUUUCUUCAUUCGACCAAAGUUGCCUACCAUAUAUUGUCUAGCGUUAGAAUUCUAUGUUCUUCGUUCGUCAAAAGUGAAUAUUCCUUCUCUUCAAUGUCAUUCACAAAACGUUUUUUGCGUGUUCUUGAUGACAUUUGCUUCUUCGGCAUUCUAUCAUAGUUUUCAGAGCCCCUAUGAUACUUUUUUCAACUCCUAAACCAAAGUUUUCUUUCUCUGCACUAGAUGCUCGUUGAGUAAACUUAUGAUAUGCAAGCAUAUUUCAGAAUACCAGAAAACUUGUCACUACUGUAGAAUCUAGAAACAAUAUAACCCUUUUUUUUGUAAUAUUUCAAUGUUGCUGUUGGUUUGGUUUUACCAUAUAGUGUCGCUGCGACCAAAUCACUUAAAAGUCAAAUUGAAGGCUAACGCCUUUUCAGAAAAGACAGUAACUCACUGGAGUUAAAAUAAAUUGCGUAAGUUUUUAGACAUUUAGUUUUGACCUUUUUAAUGACAUCUCUAGCUUUGGUGAAAUUAUGUUUGUUUAGGCAAAAGUUGAAUGAAUGCAAUGCUGAUCGUUUUUAAACAUUGCCAUUACUUGUCACACUCCGUCAUCUUUUUGGUAAGAAAUAAGUGCAAGGCUAUGGUAGUUUCUGAAUUGAUAUCACAACUGCAUACAACGUCACCAAUGUUUGAGGGAAUCAGUUUAAGUGAAAAUAACGAAAAUAUAUACUGCUUGAAUUUCUCCUUAUCGUACUUAGGUUUUUACCUCUGGGGUCAUUUAAAUUGUUAGGGAAAGCGUUCUAAAAAAGCCGUAAUCUUACCACAACAGAUUUUACCUUAUUUGAAUAAACAAGACAUUAAGUGUAUUCAAAAGGAAAUUGUUCGUUUGGAAUGUCUCUCUAGUCUUCUUUUAUUCUAGAGGGCUCUUCUGACGCAGCCGCGUAAAAAGGUUUCAGCAUAAACAUGAAAUCUAGCUGAGGGUUCUUACUAUCCUUUAACCCCUAAGAGUGACAAGCUGUCUAAUUUUUCCUUACAUUACAACUCGUGAAUCAAAUAUUGAGGUUUUGAGAAUAAAGGAAAUGAU